CCCAGCCUUCCCCCCCCAGCUCUGCUGGUGCCCCUCAAUCCUGGUCUGUCUCUUCUACUCUGUGACCUUCUGUCCCCUGAUUCUGUUGGCCUGACUCAAGUUGGCUCAAAUUGACACCGGUCCCUGGCUGGUACGUCGUCCCUUCCCUAAACAUUGCUGAGAAGCAGGAGAACCCAGCUCCCAUUUGGCCUGGAACUGCCAUGUGUCUGGCAGCCGCCCCCCCUGCCAGCGGUCCUGGCCGCAGGCCCCUCCCUGCACCCCCAGCUGCGCGGGAUCCAGGCGCCCCGGCUUCAGCACCCGGCAGACAGCCACCGCCUGGAGUCGUGAGCUGCACAUCCCAGUCCCAGGCCAGAUGCCCAUGGCUGGUGCCAGCUGCAGACACUGCUGAGAGGAUGUUCACCAGCCACCCGCCCAACACCUCCCUGCUGGGGGCGCCCUGCAGCCCCGGGGCACCCCUCCCCAUGCCUGUUGGCGGCUUGCGGCUGGGGAACUCCUCGGGGGGCCAGGGGGGCCCGGGGGGGCCCUCCCCAGCCAUGCCCAUCUUCUCCAUGAUGCUGGGCGCUGUCUCCAACAUGGUGGCCCUGGCCAUCCUGGCACAGUCCUACGCCCGCUUCCGGCGCCGCUCCAAGGCCACCUUCCUGCUCUUUGCCAGCAGCCUGGUCAUCACAGACUUCGCCGGGCACGUCAUCCCGGGCGCCUUCGUGCUGCGGCUCUACGCCACCCGGCUGAAAUGGGAUGCCAUGGAUAGCACCGGCGCCAUGUGCCAGUUCUUUGGCGCCUGCAUGGUCUUCUUCGGCCUGUGCCCGCUCUUCCUGGGCUGCGUCAUGGCAGUGGAGCGCUGCGUGGGGGUGAGGCGCCCGCUGCUCCAUGCCUCGCUGGUCACCUCUGUCCGGACCAAACUCACCCUGCUGGGCCUCUGGGGCUCCGCCCUGGGCAUCGCCCUGCUGCCCAUCUUCAGCUUCGGGAGCUACACCAUCCAGUACCCGGGCACCUGGUGCUUCAUCAAGGUGCAGCCAGCGGAGAGCUGGCGUGAGGUGACCUUUGCCUUGCUCUUCUCCCUGCUGGGCCUGGCCUCCCUGCUGGUCGCCCUGGUCUGCAACACCCUGAGCGGGGUCACCCUGGUGCGGGCGCGGCUGCGGACCCAGCGCAAAUGCGGGCAGCGGCGUGCCAAGGCCCAUGACAUCGAGAUGGUGGUGCAGCUGGUGGGCAUCAUGGUCGUCUCCUGCAUCUGCUGGAGCCCUAUCCUGAUCUUCGUGGUCCUGGCGGUGGGUGACAGGUCCGGCUCGCUGAGCUACCAGAAGCUCCUGCUGCUGGGCGUGCGCCUGGCCUCCUGGAACCAGAUCCUGGACCCCUGGGUGUACAUCCUGCUGCGCCGGGCCGUGCUUCGCAAGCUCUGCGGGGUGCUGUGCCGCCAGCCGCCGGGCAAGGGCAGCCGCUUCGAGCGCUGGGAGGUCAGCUCCUUCCACAGCUCCGAGCGCAGCAUGGUCGGCCGCUCGUAGGCGCCCCUGUCAGCGCCUUGGCACCGGCUGGAGAGGCGCUCGGGAGGAGGCGGGGGGACGUUGGACGCUUCUGGGGCGGACGAUGGUGCCACACCCACCUGGGGGGGCCCCCCCUGCUGCAGCCGUGGCAGGAGCUGAGCCAGAUGGAAAUCUGGGGCGGGGGCCGUUGCUGCCGGGGCCCACCCAGCUCCUGGCUCGAAGCAGGAGGCACCUUGGACAUGGGGCGACAGGUUGCACAGGUGUUUGGGCAUGUGCGGGGGGGGGGGCACAAUGCCAUGGUGAAAUGCGGGAGUGGUGGUGCAGGGUGGUUUGUACUCAGAGGACCUGGCCUAGUGGUUACGCCGUCAGCCUGCGCAUCAGGACACCGGGGUUCUGAGCAAACCGUGGCUUUGGGGGAGCUCAGGGCCUGGCUCUCUCCAGGGAAGCAGCAUAUUGAACCAGCCUGUUUAACUUUUGGGAUGUGGCUGUUAGAAAACUGCCGUGCCCCACCCCAGAGGUGACUGCAUGCCAGUGCCAAGCAAGGGUUUCCUGUAGAAAGAGCCCCCGCACACACCCCAGAGGUGGCUGCAUCUCCAUGGGGCUGUGUAUACUGCACAAAGUGCCCACAGCUUGCUCUCGACCCAGGGGACAGCUUCCCCCUUGCACCAGGCCACCCUCCCUGUUCACGGGCCCCAGCUGAGCCCCCUGGCCCCAGGCUAAGCUGGAGUGGCAAGUAUUUGAGGGGGGCAGGUUGGGAAUAAGCCCCCACUGGACGUGGGGGUUGAGGUAAAGGUACGUGGGAGGUGCUCUGUUCCCUUCCCCAAGGGGCUGGUGCCAUUCCCGGGAUGGCUGGGGAGAUGUCCCCCACCCCAUCCCCAUUCUGCCACAGGCCCCCAGCCCCACUCCCCUAGGCCUUGCUUGGGGCCAGCCACCAUCUGCAGAGCUCUAGGACAUGGGGGGAGCUGGACAGGGGCUGGAGGGGGGUCAGGAAUGAGUCCCCAGCGGCCACCGGGAAAGCCGGGGGGUGGGGAACGCUGGCCCCAAGCGGGGCGUUCAUUUCCCAGCAUGCCAGGGGGCCAGCCCGCAGGGCGGCGCUGGGAGCUCUGUACAAUAAAGAGCUUUUACCGAUCGCUCUGGUGUCUGGGCUUUGGUUUGUGUGCGCGUCCCCAUCUCCCCCAUUCACAGCUGGCAGCCUGAAUCCCCACCCCCAUCCCUGCCGGGGAGGGGCCCCCACCCGAGGGGAGAGGGGAGCCCCACCUCCGCCGCCGCCCCCGCAGAGCUAGAGGCCCAGCAAACUCAGCCCAUGCUGCAGCCUCCAACCAGCUCAGUAGAUGGCGUCCCAGCUGCCCCUCCCAGCCGGCCAGCCCCUGCCCCGGGGGCUGGAUCAGAGCCGGCGCCCCCUAGAGGGGAAAGGCCCCGU